UUGUGGACGGAUGCGCGCUGCGGGCUUCCGUACCAAUGAAGACUAUGGUGUAGAGUAUGCAUUCAGAGCUCUACGUAUGUUAGCUUCAUGUCUUCAUAUAAGGGGAAUAGAAAAUGUUGCAAUUAAUUUACGUGUUGUGCCUAACUCAACGAGGUUCGGCGACUGCUAAAAUAUUACACAUGAAUAUUGCCAUAGGUCCUACAGGAGGCUUUUACCCCAAGGUUUGCGGCCACACCGUUAAUAACAACCAAUGCUGAUUAACCUAGUAGUAGCCACAACUACCCCCGAAGCCUCAACCACCAGAAGACGACAACGACUACGCAAUGUCAAUCCGGAGAACCUGCUCGAAUUUGGGCUAUAUCCUGGAACCUACCAAACGCUGCUCGUUAAUCGGUUCUGUGAAACGACAUCACCCAGAGCUCCGACCAAAAUUGACUCGCAGAAGACUGUCGUUGUGAACAUCGGUUCAAUUGGGCAUAUAUAACCGAUAAGGCAUUGUUGGAGCUUAUAUAAGUCAGGCACAUACGUGAUUACCUGAUAACGUUACGGAAUCUUCCAGUGGGAGGAACCAUCGAACCUUAAUCGAAUUGCGGUUCCGCUACCUCACAGACAAUUCCUAAUUCUUUAUAUGCUUCCCCUCCUCGAAAAGUCGUACAGUAGAUGGGUGUGUCGGAUGACU